AUGCUUACCAAUGCCAUUAGCAGCUCCACUAACAGACCUAGAACACAUAAUACCAUGGCUACAAGAGGGAGUCCACGAGAUAGGGCAGUUGACAAAGGCAUAAAGCUAUUCCCAGACCUACAACAAGAAUUUAAACUCCCAUAUAGAUUAGUCUUUGCCUACCUGCAAAUUAAAUCCUAUCUAGCUAAAAACAAGCCCAGCAGGCCAUCUGAUGAAGCCACAAUGCUAAUGACCGAAUUUGAAAUGGUAUGCACCCAUAGAAAACCACCCAAAAAAAUAAUCUCUAUAAGUUAUAAAGCGCUGACCCAGGCACCAGAUCAGGGAAGAGAAACACACAUACAAACUUGGCAUAAGGAACUAGGUAAAACCAUAACAAUGGAAGAUUGGGCCAAGGCCUACUCCUCGCACAAAGGGGUCUCGUCAUGUGCCACACGCAUCGAGCUGCAGCAAAAACUGUUGUAUCGCUGGUACCUGGUACCAGCUAGGAUCCACCAGAUUUGGCCGCAGCCCCCCGACACAUGUUGA